AGAUGAAAAAGAAGUGAUGAGAAUAGCGGGGAGAAUUCCCGACCGAAACCUAAAUAAUAUUUUGGUACUUUGAUCGAUGAAGAAAUGAAGAGGCAAAGAGUAAUCGAGUUAGAUCGUGUGAAGAAUACAAAGUUCAACAUAGAUUGGGACGAUGCUUUGGCCGAGGAAGAAGUUCCCGAGCUUGAGAUCAUCGGCACAGACAAAAUUCCGCCGCCUGAGGCUACUCUCUCCGGCGAUGAUUCCGUCGUCUGCGUGCGAUCCCUCACGGACAAUGAACUAGAGGAGCAUCUGGAGCGUCAGAGAUCACUUCUUGCUGGUUACGGUGACAGGUUGCCAGACAAGGGCGACAAAAUCCGCAACAGAAUUGGAGACCUUGCGUACGAGAAGCAGCGAAGAAUGCUGUAUCGGACCAAACCGCACGAUCCGGACAACGGAUGUCAGAUUCUCGAGCAACCAAAAAGCUCAGAUGUGUCUAGGCAAGAGAAUACAGCCUCAAAAGACUCCUCUAGACAAGAGUCGAAUAAUGUGUCUCGCUCAACAUUUUCUGCUCAUUUUAGUGACAACCCCAAAGUGGAUGCUCAACCAGUGAAACUAUCUAAUGACAAAAUACAUGAUUUGAGAGGUGGAAGCUGGAAAGCAAAAUCCAAUAGAGAUUCAAUAAUAGAGAAAAGUAAUGGGUGGCGGUCGCUGCCAAGGUUAAGUAAGUGUAAGGUCAGUGAAAAUAACUUUUAUUCUGGAUCUAAGGAUCCAAAAGGGAAUCGGAAACCCCACAAAGCUUAUGGUAAAGUAAAGCCAAAGGACUCUUCUCCUUAUUUACUCGUCGACGAUGAUGAUGACGACGAUGUCAUUGGCUAUGAAGAUCCCAGGGAGUGGAGUUCGAAAGCAACACCAUCACAGGGUUUAAGCUCCAAGAAGAAAUCAGAUGAUAAAGUGAUUAAUUUGGAUGAAGAUGAACCUCAGUCUCCAACGGUAGUAGAGGAAGCAUGUGAACUUCCUGAAGGGUUACCGGAAGAUAUUUACUACCCAUCAAGUGAUCACGGGCGAGACCUUGUUCAAGUGUCUCUUAAAGAUCUAAAAUGCCUUUCACCUGGAGAAUAUCUUACGUCGCCAGUUAUAAAUUUCUACCUCAGGUUCUUGCAGCACCACGUAUUUUCAGCGAAUGAGACAGCCGCUAACUGUCAUUUCUUCAACACGUUUUUCUACAAGAAGCUCACAGAAGCUGUUUUAUACAAGGGUAAUGACAAGGAUGCAUUUUUUGUAAGGUUCAGACGGUGGUGGAAGGGUUUAGAUCUAUUCCGUAAAUCAUAUAUAUUUAUACCAAUACAUGAAGAUCUCCACUGGAGCUUGGUAAUAAUUUGCAUCCCAGACCACGAAGACGAAUCUGGAUUGACCAUAAUUCACUUAGAUUCACUGGGACUUCACCCAAGAAAUUUGAUUUUCAAUAAUGUCAAAAGGUUUCUGAGAGAGGAAUGGAACUAUCUGAACCAAGAUGCUUCAAUGGAUUUACCAAUUUCAGCAAAAGUAUGGACAGACCUUCCCAAUAUGAUCAACGAAGCUGAAGUGCAGGUUCCACAACAGAAGAAUGAUUUCGACUGUGGUCUGUUUGUGCUCUUCUUCAUAAAGCGUUUCAUCGAAGAAGCUCCGCAAAGGCUGAAACUGAAGGAUUUGGGAAUGAUUCACAAGAAGUGGUUUAAACCCAAUGAAGCUUCGGCUUUAAGGAUCAAAAUCUGGAACAUUCUCGUUAAUCUAUUUCGCGAGGGUAACCAAACAGAUUAAAAGCUGUAUAGAACAGAGAAAAGUUGACUUUGGCCACUCUUAACUAAGAAAUGAAAGAAGAGUUUUUUUUGUUCA